AUGGGGUUCAGAGUGAAUGUUUUUCUCCUCUUAGCCUUUUAUCUCUUCCCAGGAGUGAAAAGCUCAAUGGUAAGUUUUAGUAAUAAUGGAUAUGAUGGAAUCGUCAUCGCAAUUAACCCCAGUGUACCAGAAGAUGAAAAACUGAUUCAAAAAAUAAAGGAAAUGGUAAUCGAAGCUUCUACUUACUUGUUUCAUGCCACUAAAAGAAGAGCUUAUUUCAGGAGUGUAAGCAUUUUAAUUCCAAUGACCUGGAAGUCAAACCCUGAGUACUUAAUGCCGAAACAAGAAUCAUAUGACCAGGCAGAUGUCAUAGUUGCUGAUCCUUAUCUGAAAUACGGAGAUGAGCCCUAUACACUUCAAUAUGGACAAUGUGGAGACAAGGGACGAUAUAUACAUUUCACUCCAAACUUCUUGUUGAGUAACAAUUUACCUACGUAUGGGCCCCGAGGAAGAAUAUUUGUCCAUGAGUGGGCCCAUCUCCAGUGGGGAGUAUUUGAUGAGUAUAACCUGGACCGGCCAUUCUAUAUUUCCAGAAAAAACACUAUUGAAGCAACAAGAUGUUCCACGCAGAUCACUGGUACUAAUGUGGUUUUCAAGGAAUGCCAGGGGGGCAGCUGUAUAACAAGGCCAUGUAGACGUGACUCACAGACGGGGCUGUAUGAAGCAAAAUGCACAUUUAUCCCAAACAAGGCCCAGAGGGCAAGAGAAUCCAUAAUGUUUAUGCAAAGUCUAGAUUCCGUAACUGAAUUUUGUACAGCAAAAACACACAACAAAGAGGCUCCAAACCUACAAAACAAAAUGUGUGAUCACAAAAGCACAUGGGAUGUAAUCAUGAAAUCUCAAGAUUUUCAGAAUGUAUCUCCCAUGACCGGAAAGAACCCACCACCCGGUCCUACAAUUUCAUUGCUCAAGGCUAAACAGCGAGUCAUCUGUUUAGUACUUGAUAAAUCUGGAAGCAUGAAAACAGAAGAUCGUCUCUUUCGAUUGAAUCAAGCGGCAGAACUCUACUUGAUUCAAAUUGUUGAAAAGGGAUCCUUGGUUGGGAUGGUGACAUUUGAUAAUUCUGCUGAAAUCCAAAAUAAUCUUAUAAAAAUAACUGAUGAUAACACUUACCAAAAGAUCACUGCCAAACUGCCUCAAGUAGCUGAUGGUGGAACUUCAAUUUGCAGUGGACUCAGAGCAGGAUUCCAGGUAAUUACCCAGAGCAAUCAGAGUACUUCUGGUUCUGAAAUCAUAUUACUAACAGAUGGGGAAGAUGAUACAAUAAGUUCCUGCUUUGAGGAGGUAAAACAAAGUGGUGCAAUCAUCCACACCAUUGCCUUGGGACCUUCUGCUGCCAAAGAACUAGAGACUCUGUCAAAAAUGACAGGAGGACAUAAGUUUUUUGCCAGUAAGGACAUAAAUGGCCUUAUUGAUUCUUUUAGCAGAAUUUCAUCCGGAAGCGGCAAUAUCUUUCAGCGGGCUCUUCAGUUGGAAAGUAAAGCCUUGAAUGUUGCGAGGAAUAAUUGGAUAAAUGGUACAGUGCCUGUGGAUAGUACAAUUGGAAAUGACACUUUCUUUGUUGUCACAUGGACAAUACAAAAGCCAGAAAUUCUUCUUCAAGAUCCAAAAGGAAAUAAAUAUAAUACAGCAGAUUUCAAAGAAGAUCAACUAAAUAUUCGGUCUGCCCGCCUUCGAAUACAAGGCAUCGCAGAAACAGGCACCUGGACUUACAGCCUUCUAAAUAAGCAUGCUCAAUCUCAAUUGCUCACAAUGACAGUGACCACUCGAGCAAGAAGCCCUACCACACUCCCAGUAAUUGCAACUGCUCAUAUGAGUCAAAAUACAGCUCAUCACCCUAGCCCAAUGAUUGUUUAUGCACAAGUCAGUCAAGGGUUUUUGCCUGUUUUGGGAAUCAAUGUAACGGCCAUCAUAGAAAAUGAAGAUGGACAUCAAGUAACACUGGAACUCUGGGACAACGGUGCAGGUGCUGAUACUAUCAAGAACGAUGGCAUCUACUCGAGGUAUUUUACACAUUACCAUGGAAAUGGGAGAUACAGUUUAAAAGUACGUGCCCAGGCAAGAGAAAACGCAGCUAGGAUAAGUUUAAGACACAGACAAAACAAAGCUCUGUAUAUACCGGGCUAUGUUGAAAAUGGUAAAAUUAUACUGAACCCACCCAGACCCGAAGUCGAAGAUGACAUGGCAGAAGCUAAAGUAGAAAAUUUCACUAGAGUAACCUCUGGAGGGUCAUUUAUUGUAUCCGGAGUGCCACCUAGUGGUAAUCAUGCUGAUGUGUUUCCUCCUGGCAAAAUAACAGAUCUUGAAGCUAAGUUUAAAAAUGAUCACAUUCAACUUUCAUGGACUGCCCCAGGCAAGGUCCUUGAUAAAGGAAAAGCUGACAGAUACGUUAUAAGAAUAAGUACCCAUUUUCGGGACAUCCAAGAAGAUUUUAAUAAUGCUUCUUUAGUGAACACUUCUGGUCUGAUACCUAAGGAGGCUGGUUCUACAGAAAAUUUUGAGUUCAAACCGGAACCUAAUAAAAUAGAAAAUGGCACCAUAUUCUAUAUUGCAAUCCAAGCCAUCAAUGAACCUGGUCUUACCUCAGAGGUCUCUAACAUUGCACAAGCAACUAAGCUUAUUCCUCCACAGGAGUCCAGUGCUCCUGCCCUGGACACCAAGAUUUCUACAAUCAGUUUGACAAUGUUUGGAUUUGCUAUGAUUUUAUCUAUAUUUUAA